CUGGCAUCUCCACGUUAGGUACCGAAACACAACGAACAGCGGACCACUGUCCGUCCUGCUCCGGUAGGGAGACAACGCAGAGCCCCUGACGCAGGACGUGACUGAUAGCAACUAGCAAAGUAUCUGCUUCAGAGAAGAUUUCCUCUGGGAGAAGGGGGGAAAACUGGAUGUAAAGGGGAAAGAAACCGUCAAAUAUUUGUAUUUUCUACAAGAGAGGUCGCGAGCUAAAACAGCCGUGUUCGCUGAAGAGGUCGGUCAAGUGCGGCGAACUUUGGGCUUAUCAUUGUUGUUGUUUUAUAGUUUGCAACUUUCUCAGGGGAAAUCAAACGGCACUUUAUUCGACAUUAUCACGGCGGGAGGUUAUUAUUAACCCACUGGAUUUGAACAUGUUUGCAGUUAAUGAUUUACUAAAAAGCAUUCUUGUGGUAGACCCACUUUGCUGAUUGAUAGGCAUUGCUGGAGGCAUUGUGGCUCUUUUGUAAAGUGCACUUUGAAGGUUAGCCUACUAAUAAUAACGCAACCACUUUGAUGUUGAUUAAAUGAGACGUGCGCUCUAGUGGGUAACUCCCGCUAGAGAUACAGCACAGUGAGCUAAAGAAAGGUGAGACGGUCAGUAAACACUGUGAAAAGAAAAGAAAAAAAAAACUUAAAAGGAGAAAGCUGCAUGAGCACGUGAGACAACUCACCGACAUUUAUGGAGUGCAGUUUCUAGCGCUGCUCUGACUGUAAAUCUGGAAUGGAGCUCUUUCCCAUGAUGCAAGUGCACUGUUGAGGACUGUCGUAGCAUUCUUGCUAGGGAAUUAAGUUUAAUUUAGUUUCGCUACCGCUUGAACUAGCAACACUGCGAGUGAGAACUUAACCAAAGGCAUCUUAUUACACCGUCGGGAGAGAACCACGGCGAACGACGACUGAUUUCCCUCGCGCUCGUGGACCAUGGCCUCCACCUUAUGGAACAGCUGCUUCUCGUUGCUCUGGAGACGGACCUUCCUCGCGCUGUGGCUGUGUGCGCUUGUGGCGCGUGGAGCGGAGGAUGACAGCGCCUUCAACUCAGAGGCAUGGCUGAGGAUGUACGGUUACCUGCCCCAGGCCAGCAGACAAAUGUCCACCAUGCGAUCAGCUCAGAUUCUGUCCAAUGCAAUCAGCGACAUGCAGCGGUUCUACAGCCUGGAGGUCACUGGACAGAUGGACCCUCAAACCAUCAGUGCCAUGAAGAGACCCCGCUGCGGUGUGCCUGACAAGUUCGGAGGCCAGAUCAAAACCAACGUACGGCGGAAACGCUACGCCCUCACGGGACAUAAAUGGAACAAGAGCCACCUCACUUACAGCAUCCAAAACUACACUCCCAAGAUUGGAGAGUAUAACUCAUUCGAAGCCAUCCGUCGGGCGUUCAAAGUCUGGCAGAGUGUGACCCCAUUGACGUUUGACGAAAUUCCCUACCAGGAGAUCAAAUAUGGACGCCGCAAGGAGCCCGACAUUAUGAUCUUCUUCGCUUCGGGUUUUCAUGGAGACAGCUCUCCUUUUGAUGGGGAGGGAGGCUUCCUAGCCCAUGCCUACUUCCCUGGACCUGGAAUGGGUGGGGACACACACUUUGACUCCGAUGAACCAUGGACCAUAGGAAACCACAACAUACAAGGUAAUGACCUCUUCCUGGUGGCAGUCCACGAGCUGGGCCACGCCCUUGGUUUGGAGCACUCCAACAACCCCAUGGCCAUCAUGGCUCCCUUUUACCAAUGGAUGGAGACCGAGAACUUCCAGUUGCCUGACGACGACCGGCGGGGCAUACAGCAGAUCUAUGGUCAAGCAGACAGCGGCCCCACCCAGGCCCUGCCCACCGUGACACCCCGUCGCCCAGAGCCCAGGCCACCUCAGACCCCGCCUCGGCACCCUGACCGCCCCAGGACCACUGAAAGACCAGAUCACUAUGGACCCAAUAUCUGUGAAGGGAACUUUGACACGGUGGCUAUGCUCCGAGGAGAGAUGUUUGUUUUCAAGGGCCGUUGGUUCUGGCGGGUGCGUAGGAACAGGGUUCUGGAUAACUACCCCAUGCCCAUCGGUCACUUCUGGAGGGGUCUGCCUGGAGACAUAGACGCCGCCUACGAGAGACACGACGGCAGGUUCGUCUUCUUUAAAGGAAACAGAUUCUGGCUUUUCAGGGAGGCUAACCUGGAACAGGGCUAUCCAUUGGAGCUGGUUGAUUAUGGUCAAGAUAUUCCCUACGACCGAAUAGACACAGCCAUCUGGUGGGAGCCAUCCGGCUUCACUUACUUCUUUCAAGGAGACAGGUACUGGCGCUUCAACGAGCAGUCACGCUUGGCUGACCGAGGCUACCCGAAACCAAUCAGCGUCUGGGGAGCGUCAGUUCCCUCUUCUCCCAAGGGGGCCUUCCUCAGCGAUGAUGGAGCCUACACCUUCUUCUACAAGGGUUCCAAGUACUGGAAGUUUGACAACCACCGCAUGAAGAGCGAGCCAGGCUACCCCAAGUCCAUCCUGAGAGACUUCAUGGGCUGCAGCGUGGACCUGGACCCAGACAGAGACACGGACACAGACGCCGGACGCAAAUACCCAGAUGUGAACCGCCCGCCGUUCAACCCGGACGCAGACGGACGCGACGGCGACAAGGGCAAAGACCGCGAGGGGACGGACGGCGUGGGGACGGACGACGGCGGGACGGACAAAGACGCGGGCAAAGGGUCGGACAGUGGCAAAGACAAAGACGAAGACGACCGCGAGGGUCGCGAGGAAGACACCAACGAGGUGGACGUGGUGCUGAAGGUGGACGACAGCGAGGAGCGCACCAUGAACAUCCUGAUGGUGACCAUCCCGCUGGUCCUGGUGCUGUGCAUCCUGGGACUGAUCUACGCCAUCAUCAACACGCUGCAGAGCAAAGGGGCGCCGCGGCUGCUGGUGCACUGCAAGCGCUCGCUGCAGGACUGGGUCUGACCCCGGACAUUAAGGGACACUGAACUAUAUGAACCUAAAGUUGGACCUUAGACACCGCCCUCCUCUAAUCCAAGCCUCUUCCCAGCGACCCCUCUGUCUACAGUCUCUGUGCUCAGUGGCUCCCGCAACUUGUGGUAGUAGAUCCAAUAUCGUACUGAC